AUGUUUUUAUUAUUUAAUUGUUUAAAUUUAUUUCAAUUUUCCUUUUUAUUUUAUUCUGUAAUUGCAAUUAAAGAAGAAAAUGAAAAUUUAACUAAUAAAGGUGAUUUAUCACAAUUUGAUUCUUCAGGUUGUGGUCUAACGAAAGGGUAUUCUUACUUAUUAUUUUUAAAUAUUUUUAAAAAAUUAAAAAGUUGUUUAUUUAAACCACCAAAUUGUAAUCCAUAUAACGACUGUUCUUAUGCUCUAAGUUAUAUAUCAGAUGAUGAACGUGUUUAUUUUGAAUUAUUAGCUCAGGUUGCUGGGGAAUCGAAUGUUUGGGCGGCUGUUGGAUUUUCUGUGGAUGGACUUAUGGUUGAAAUAAUUUGUAAAAGUAAUCGAAAAGCGCCAUUAGCUUAUGGACUUGAAUCUAAAAUUCUCCACACCCAUCAUGCUAAAGUAGCCGAUGGUAUUAUUUAUUGUCGCUUCUCUCAAUUAAUUCAGCCGCCUGAAUCUGUUCAGCCACAAUUUGUACGUCCAUUAAAUGCCCCAAUAUUUAUUUUAUUAGCAUCUGGGGUUACUAGAGGAAAAGAUUUAACAAUUCAUUCAUUAAAUUCUGAUUCUUCUCUUUUUCCCUUUUCUUCUCCCCACCCAAUACAAUUAACAAAAUUUAAUUUGAGCCCUGAAGAAUUAGCUAAUGGGGAUUGGGAAAUAAAUAAAUAUAAUGACAAUUUUAUUAAUUCUUCAUUAAAUUUGACAAAAGAACUUUCAAUUCCUUUUAAUGAAAAUAAUUCAUCUUCGCCGGUUAUUGAACAGACAACAACAAAUGAUUUAAAAAUUGAUUCGACAACAACACCUAGCACAGAAAAUAUAAAUAAUAUUAAUGAAGAAAAAUCAUCAACAAAAAUUUUAGAAAAAGAAAAUCAAAAAAAUAAUUUAAAUAAUGAAAAUAUUUCUUUAAAUUCUAAUCCAAAAAAUGAUUGUUCUGAUUCUGGAAUUACUUCUGGAACAACUACAAAUAAACCAGAAAUUGGUUCCGAUGCUUUUUUAACUUCGAAUAAUUCCGAAUUUCGUUUAAUUAAGACACACGGUAUAUUAAUGGUUUUUGCUUGGUUAUUCCUCAUACCCGGAGCAAUUUUAUCAGCUCGUUUUCUUCAUCAUAGAAAUCAACGAGAACCAUUAGAAUUAUUUGGAAUACAACUUUGGUUUCAAAUUCAUCGUUUAGCCAAUUCUUUAGCUUUUCUUUUUGUAAUUAUUUCAUUUUUAUGUAUUUAUUCUGCAUUGGACGGUUUUUGGAUUGGUCCAAAAUUCUCAAAUCGUUCAGAACAAAAUUUUUCUACUCAAUCUUUACACGCUUUAUUUGGAAUUUUAAGUAUUUUUAUAUGUUUAUUUCAACCAAUAUGUGCAAUAUUUCGUUGUUCACCAGAAUCUCCAAAACGUUUUAUAUUUAAUUGGAUACAUUCAAUUCUUGGUUAUAUUGCUUGGAUUUGUUCUGCAAUUGCUAUUUCAUUGGCAUGUCUUAAAUUUGAACAAUUUUUCAUUGACUCAUUUUUGGCUAGAGAUGUUUUAAUUGCUUCUUUGGUUCUUACAUUUAUUUCAUUUUUUUCUCUUCAAUGGUUUUCAUUAAAAAGAAGAGAAAGAUUUGAAUUAUUUGAAGAAGAAAAUGAAAGACAAAGACGAAGAAAUACUUGGCAAAUUAAUUUACCUAAAGAAUAUAAUAUUCGAAAUAUUAAUCAAUCUACUACUAAUCAACAUUUAAGACCUCCACCACAAUUAAUGGUUAUGGCACCAAGUGAAUGUAGCGAUGUUGGGGGGCAUAGAGAGAGUUUAAUGAUCCAACAGGCAAUAAUUGGCUUAUUCUUUGUCGCCUCUGCUGUGUUAAGUUUGUGUUUGGCUAUAACAUUGAUGUUGGCUUAA